UGACCAUUUCCCUCAACACGCGUCGCCUUUUUUUUUCUCCUUCGUUUACCCUUUUGUUGUCAAAAAAAGCAAGAAACAAGCUAUUUUAGAUAGAUUUAAUAUACAAAAGGAUAAACAUAGAAGAAGUUGAGAAAAAAGAAAGCAGGGUUUCAUUGCUUUUGCGCUUCAGUGUUUUCAUCUUUCUGACGAUUUGCUAGUUCAAUCUUUGAGGUUCUAGCCCAAAGAGACUGAACCUGUUUUACGCUCUUUUCACAUUCUUUCUUUUCUAUUUUGAACUUUUUGUUUUCUUAUUCUAUACCGUCCAACAUUCACUUCAUCACUCCAAAGAAACUUCCCUUCGUCACUCUUUUUGCUAUCUUUCCUUUGUUUGAUCAGGUACUCCUGCAAAUUGUUAAUUCCAUACUUUCACAUAUUUUUAUUCUCGCAAAUUCCUCGUGCUUUAAUAUCGACCUCUUCUUGUGGUUUUUCUAAUCGUAAUAUCAUUUCUUUAAUUCCUUCGUUGAUUGAGGAUAAAUAUACAAAGCUUUCUUUCUUCUAUUCAUGGUCAAGAUUCGACGUUCUUGGAAAAGCCAUAGUCGCGUUUCGGAUAAAGAUCCAUUCUCUAUAGAACCCCCUAGAAAGGUUGUACGGGCUUUGUACGACUAUACAGCUCGUAAAGCUUCUGAAAUCUCUUUUACCAAAGGUGAUUUUUUCCAUGUCAUCGGUCGUGAAAAUGAUGAACGCUGGUACGAAGUCUGUAACCCUGCUGCAGGUACCCAUGGUUAUGUUCCCGUUUCCCAUUUUGAGGAAAUCGGAAAAAACGCGAAUUCUAUGAGACAUAGCAGCGGUAGUGAAUCUACUGGUACCCUUAUAGAUUUGACCAAUUCGACGAAUUCUCCACGGGUUUCUCUCAAUGACUUACAAUCUUCUACUCAGCCUCUGUUUGGCGUUGUUCAGUUUGAUUUUGUAGCCGAAAGACCCGAUGAAUUAGAUGCUAAAGCUGGUGAGACAAUCAUCAUUAUUGCUCGAUCUAAUCAUGAAUGGUUGGUUGCCAAACCAAUUGGUAGACUAGGUGGACCUGGUCUAAUUCCUCUUACCUUUAUUCAGUUACGAGAUUUAAAGACAGGCGCCGUGAUUAAACAUAUUAGCGAAGCUAUUUUGCGUACCUCUUGUAUUCCACGUGUAGAAGAUUGGAAACGGGCUGCCAUUGAUUAUAAGAAAAGCAGCAUUCCUUUAGGGAAUUUUCAUACCUCAAUGGAAGACAACGUGUCUUCCACCGGAUUUGAAUCUAAGAGUACUUUAACUGAUGCUGUACAGAGCUCACCGCGUGCUUCCAUCUCGACUUCUCAGAUAAGCUCUUCAAAGCCUAGUUCUCUACUUACGAAGAAUGAUAAACAAUGUAUGCCUUCUGCUUCUCAAAAAAGUCUUUCUCUGUCUCAUGAUUCCCAUGUAGUCGCUGCAAUGGUGGAGGCGUACUUCGUACAUAAUGAUCAAUUCUGGUAUUUGGUACGUGCAGUUAUGAGUGAUGGUCGACAUCGAAAUCUCUGCCGAUAUUACGAAGACUUCUAUUAUCUGCAAUUGACACUCCUAGAUUCCUUUCCAACGGAAGCUGGGCGUGGUCAAGGACGCCGUAUCAUUCCUUAUAUGCCUGGUCCUGUGGAUGACGUGAAUGAAUUAGUUUCUUCUCAACGAGCCUUGGAUCUUGAUGUGUAUGUAAAAGAACUUUGCCGACUUCCUUCUCACCUAUUGGAAAAUGACUAUCUCAUAAAGUUUUUCUUACCUUUGGAUGGCGACGUCGAUGCUUCUCAUCCUACCAGUUCCAUGCCCCGCGUCGUACAGCGUCCGUUUAUAUUUGCAGAAUUACGAGAACAGAAAGGCUUUCCUGUACCAGACAAACCUGCUCUUAGCAACAACCAUAACGAUAAAGCAGUUUUCCAAAAAGUCAAAAUUCGUUCAGGUGAUGAAACAUUUGCCUUGCGCAUGGCUUCAGACACUCCCUACGAAGCUUUUGUCGAAAAACUGAAAGCAAAAUUAGGUUUUGACUGGGAAAAACUAGUCUAUAGGGACGAUUCCAAGAAUGAAUUCUUGCCUAUGUGUAACGCGGACGACCUCCGCAUUGCUUUCUCUCAAAAGUCUGGCGCUCUAUUGGUGGCAGAGAGAUAGAAUUUUUGAUUUUUUAUUUUGAAUUAUUCAUUAUCAUUAAUGGAAUACGCUGCGUUGUUUAAUGAUGGUUUUGCGAACGUACAUUCCUUUUUUUUAUUGCAUUCUUUUUACUCCUAUUUCUUACAAUAAUUCGGCUGUAUAUUGUGAUGAAAUGAGUCAUGUUUUCUACGUUUUUGUACUUUUCUUCGGGUUCCUUUCGUUGUUAUUUAAUACAUUCCCCAUUCUUUCACGAUUUCUUAUUAAUUGCGCUUAAGUCCCAUUGCUUUAGAUUUUUAAUGGUAUUUCACAAUUAUUUGAAGCAUGUAAUUUUUC